AUGCUCAAUCUCCCACAAACGACUCCAGAAUGCCUCUUCGUCGGCGAAGGCAGAUCAGAUCUCGUCGGCAUCGGUAUCAUCGUCGGCUUCGUCGGUCAGGCCACGAUAUCCCUCUGCCUCGCCCUCUGGGCCUUCUUCUUCUCCACAAGCGGCUUCCUCGACGGCCACCACCACCCGGACAGCGUCGAGUUCGAGAUUGAGCAGAAGCGCCUCGAGUGUGUGUCCGACAUCCUCAUGGUCGGCAACGACAUCCAGAUGGUCAUUGGCACCUCGUACAUGAUCUCGGUGUUUUCCUCCGCGGGCACCAUCUCCACGUACCACUUGCAUCUGGCGUUUGACAUUGUCAGCUUCGUUGGCGUCUCCAGCGCCGCCGCCCUCGUCUGCUGGACCUACUGCACCCUCCGCCUCCACCAAACCUCCUCCUCCUCCCCCGACUACGCAUCCCACCUCCUCUCCCGCCACAUCCCCUGCCUCCGCUCCGUCCACUUCACUCCCCGCCACCGCGGCACCUACCUCUUCGCAGCCCUCUACCUCGUCCUCACCAUCCUCCUCGGCCUCAGCCUCGACGCCUGGAACCCCGACGCCCAACCCGGCCGCUGCUACCUCGCCCACCUCGUCACCCACCCGCAGGCCAGCCACCCGGCCGCCGACAAGGUCUACGUCGCCUUCACCGCGGCCUGGAUGCUCCUCGUCAUGCUCGCCGCGGCCCUGUCGAGCGCGCGGUGGCGCCAUUCCAUCCUCGCGCUCGCCUUCUUGCAGUUCCCCGUGCAUCUGUACAUGGCGCUGGCCCUGAGGGCUGCGAACCAGGGGCAUCUCGAGGGCGACGAUGCGCGUGAGAAUAGGUGGGAUUUCGGCCAGACGACUGCUGUUGUGCUGCUUGCCAUGGCGGCGAGGGAGCUCUUUGACAAGGGCACCGAGUUUUACUUCUUCGAGCGUGAGUUGCGGAAGAGGGGGGCCUUGCUGCCCAGUAACAGCAAUAACAGCAAUGGCAGCAGUAGCAAGAGGAUGAAGAAGAGCAGAGAUGGACGGAAUAAUGGGGACUAUUGCCAUAGCCGGGAGCUUAGGGGGGUAUCCGGCGUGGGGGCGUAG